AUGCCUCAAAAUCAGAGCCUCACCAUCAAGCCUAUCGAAGGUGCAAAGCCGGGCAAGGUCUAUUAUCCCCUUCACCUCAACACAUCACCUGUUCCCACGCCCGGACCGGGCCAGGUGCUCGUCAAAGUGCAGGCCAGCGCUCUCAACCACCGCGACCUCUUCAUCCGCCAGCACCUCUACCCCGGCAUCUCCUUUUCUGCCCCUUUGCUAGCCGAUGGUUAUGGAACUGUGGUUUCACCAAGCUCAUCACCGUUGUACAACAAGCCCGUCUUGGUCACACCCUCGCGCGGCUGGAUUUCAUCAACUGACGGCCCUGAACCCAUUCCUGCGACGGAAACCAACAGGGAGGAAAAGGAAUGGAGUGUAAUUGGCGGGUCGGCUCGUUAUUCUGAUCAAGGAACGGCUCAAAACUUCAUCGUGGUGCCCGAGGAGGAGGUAUUUCCUGCUCCGGGCCACUUGACAUCCGUGGAAGGGGCUGCGCUGCCUUUGGCUGGGUUGACGGCGUGGAGAGCGCUGAUCACAAAGGGGGAGGCCGAAAGAGGUCAGAAUGUGUUGGUCACGGGGAUUGGCGGAGGUGUCGCGCUCGCGGCUUUGCAGUUUGCGGUGAAGAAGGGGUGCAAUGUUUAUGUUACUUCGUCGUCGCAGGAAAAGAUCAACAAGGCGUUGGAAAUGGGCGCCAAGGGUGGGGUGUUGUAUACUGAGGCGACUUGGGAAAAGACACUGCUGAAGCAGCUGCCCAAGACAAGGCCGUUUAUCGAUGUCAUUGUCGACGGGUCGGGAGGAGAUAUUGUUGCCAAAGGAAUCAAGAUGCUAAAGCAGGGAGGCAAGAUUGUGGUGUAUGGGAUGACAGUGGGACCGAAAAUGGAGUGGAACAUGAAUGCCGUGUUAAAAAAUAUUGAGUUGAGAGGCACGAGCAUGGGCAGCAGGGCUGAGUUUGGGGACAUGGUCAAGUUUGUGGACGAGAACAAAAUCAAGCCGGUUGUCAGCCGGGUUGUGAGCGGUGGGUUGGAGAACAUCCAGGACAUCGAUGGGCUGUUUGAGGAUCUCAAGGGUGGCAAGCAGUUUGGCAAAUUGGUCAUCCUGGUAGACCGAGAGGAAGAAGGGGCGAGGUCACCCAAGUUGUAG